AUGUUGCGGAUAAUUGUUGAAUCCGCCAACGGGAUUCCUAAGAAGAAACUUGGAAAUCCAGAUCCAAUCGUUGGUGUUGUCUUCAGAGGUAAGACACCACAGACUUCUUCAUCAUUUAUGCUCUGAAAACUCCCGUAGUUUGCUGUGAUGGCUUUUGGUUUAUUUGAUCAUUUUACUCUCAUAUUCAACUAAAACUUUAACAAAUGCACCACAACAGAUAUCUAUAUCUACUCUUAAAGCAGUAGGCUAUGCCCCUUCUGAAUAUUUUUGCAGUGAUUCAUAAACAAAACAAUGAUGGGAUCCUUAUAUGGUCAUCUUAAAAAGCCAUUCUGUCCAGUUACCAGGUUGCCCUUUAAUCUGUUUAAUGUUGCUUUAUAGUGCCAUUUUGUUUCUGUCCAGUAUUGUCAUAUUCAAUUCCUUAUUUUGCCCCCUAAGUUAAUUCACCGUGCCUCUAUAGGUGAAAAGAAGAAAACCAAAGCGAUUGACAAUGAGCUGAACCCUGUUUGGAAUGAAGUAAGUCAGAAGUUUAAAUACCAAGUUUAAGUUUUAAUGUCUGGAUUUGUUAAAGCACUGAAUCACCUUUUGUUGGCGGUAAAUUGCAACUUUCUCUCCUUGUUUAAAUUCCAGGUGCUUGAAUUUGAUCUAAAAGGUUCUGCCUUGGAUGCAUCUUCAUUCAUCAAUGUGGUUGUCAAGGACUAUGAAACAAUCGGCAAAGACAAGUACGUGACUCCAUGAGCGUUUGUUGUAUUGUAUAUAUCAAGGUAGUUGUGUUUUAACAUUAGAUUGAAUAAAUUGCCCUCAAUCCCCACCCAGCACGAUGACUGACUGAUCAUUUAAGCACCCUGUGUUCUCUCUGGAGGAGGGUUACUUCCUCAUUACUUGCCCUCAUUGCAUAAACCCCCCUCUCCAAAAACCACCCUUGUUAUGUUUUGCAGUACAGGUGAAACUGAAUGCACAGACAUGACUGUGAUAUUUUCAGAAUAGCUGCUGUAAAGCUUCUUAAACUGCAAAUGCGCAGUUUGAAGAUGAUUGUUGAGAUCCUUAACUGAGGUGCAGAGGUUCAGACUUCUGCAAUCUCUUAAUCACAGAAUCACUGCGACCAUGUUAAGACUUGUAGUGUGAGGGAGAAGGCACUUUGUCUCUCUUACAAUAGCACUGCAGCCUUCUUACCAGGAAUGUUUCCUUAAAAGGGAAAAAAAUCACUUGGUAUAAACAAUCCUGUCAUGUAUAACUCUUCCUAACUUCCUUGCUUUUCUGUUGGUGAGGGACCCAUGCACUUUGUAACACUGUAAAUCAGACUUGGGCAAAAGGAUAGAGAAGAAAAUAACAUUUUUUAUGAGUCACUCCGGUGACUGAUGGUGUUGUGUUGUAAUAAGAAAUGACUCUGGAGGAGGCACAGAGGGUGGUGAGAAGUUGGGGGUUGUCUGUCUCAGCCACGAAUGCACUGGGAUAUUUUUCCAUGAUACUGCUGCCUGAUCCUCAUGAGGAGGGUGAAUAAGUAAGCUUGUGCAGGCUUGUCAUUGGCACAACUGUGAUGACGAGUAGCAGCUCAGCCUGCCCUACUUUGCAAAAAUGAACUUUACUUGGCUGAUACUGAAGGGAAAUAUGUCUGAUUAAAAAUACAGGCAACGCAGCUAUGAUCCGUGUUUACACUCUUGGAAAAUCUGGAAAAGGAAUGUGACACAGAGCUGAGCAGGGAUUUGCUGCCCAGUCAAGAUAGGCAAACUUCACUGGCUGUGUAGACUUUUCAGUUGUUUGGCAAAGAGUCUUGUGCAACUUUAUUUGCCUUGUCGUGCGAACACAGUGGAAAAUGAAUCAGUUUGACGGAAAACCAUCACUCUUGCUUUGUUGCUGUGGUUAAAAAAUCGGUUCCUUUUUUCAUGGGGUGGUGCCAAAUACUUCAGGAUUAAGUCUUAAAGUUUUUUUUUUAACUUUACUGUAGUUUUUUAUUUACAGAUGUAUAGCUAUCCCAGUUUGUGUGUGACUUCUGCAGCAGUAGAGAUGCAUCAGAUUUCCUCCCCAUCUUAUUUUCCACUGUGACCCUGCUUUUAUAAGGACAGCACUAGUGUUUCAGUUCUGUACAAAAAAGAGAAAAGAAAAUCAGAGCUAGGGCAAUGACAUAAAAAUGGAUUUUCUAGUUCUCAUGUUGCUGACUUCAUACUUUCAUUUCACUCGCCUCCUUGGCUCUAUAUUCAUCCACCCUUUAACCAGGCACAGGGCGGCCAGCGCAUGCUUGUGGUAGAUGUUAAUUGUUUCCAUCUUUCUUCUUCCUCUCGUGCAGUUUUUUCAUCAACUUGGACUUUGUUCUAAGCUGGUCCUGUUUAUGUUACCAAGUAUCCAGUUUGGUUCCUUUAAAAAAAGGGCCUGCUGCUUAGAAAUGACUUUUAACAACAUUUGCAGAGGGAGAAGUAUAAUAUCUAUCUCUAUGGUGUGUUUCAUGAAUACAGUAUUAGGAUGGUUUUAUUUUCAGUGAUUUCAAAAGUCAGUGUUGUUUGUUUGGGCUAAUUUUGGAAAAUGUCCACUUUGAUGCAACCCACUGUGGGUGUUAAUCACUGUAGCACAUGACGUCUGUUUGGUUGCUAAAAGAAGGUAAUGUAGGUGUGAUACCUCAGCUUGUCAUAAUAUGUGGAGAAGUGAAAUUGGGAAGUGGAAACUGUCAUCAGAGCAACAAAUAAUUCCAGUCAUAAACACUACAUCUAUUUACAUCGCUUUGAUAGAGGAUGUUUGAACUAAUCCACCCUGUUGUUUGUCUUAACGGCUCAUACUUGUGGUCUUUUCGAACAUUUGUUCCUCUCUAGUUUACAUACCUCGUUUAUUGAUGUGUUUAUGAUUGUCUGACCAAAGGAAAAUUAAUAUGGUUUCUUUUCAGGCUUAUUGGUUCAGCAAAAAUCUCUCUAAGAGACUUGGCCAGUGGUCAAGUGAAGUCCCUCCCAUCCAGGAAUGUGCCUUUGAUCAAUGACAAACAGCAGGCGGUUGGGGUAAAUAUAUUAGCUUAAUAACAUUAUCCUCAAGAAAUACAAAGGGUUCAUAUUUUAUUAUGACAAGGGCCAUGGGCUAAGGGUUCAAUAAUUUACUGUGUGGUAUAUUAUUAAAAAUAGAUGAGAUACUGUAGUUACAACAUACAACUGUUUACUUCAAUUUGUUUUCUACUUUUUACAUAUGUUUUUAGGCAACCAUCAAUCUGCUCAUUGGGUACGAGCCGCCUGCCAACACAACUCCAAAUCUCAAUGAACAGCCUGAGGGGGAUGCAUCACAUGUGGAUGGUGGUAAUGUCACAAAUACAGUGAAAAUGUUGGUUGCAGAGUUAGAGUUAGAAACUAUAGUUUCAGAAGGUUUAACAAGUCAAAAUAUUAAGCUGAAAAAAAUCUUAACCUUUCAUUGAACAAAUUGAAAAUAAAUUCCUUCUUAAAAGAGCAGGAAACACUUGCACACCCUCUUAGCACUGGGAGUAUUUCCUCCAUAAAUUUUAACAAGGGAUAAGAUAAGAAGAACACUAUUUAUCCCUGAAGGGACAUUUAAUAGUCCAGACUUCAGUAAAUUUUGUAGGAGGUUGUACACGAAGAGCAGAGGACUUAUAUGUGAAGAAUGACUGAAAGAGUAUUUAAAUUAUUUUUAUUUCCAACCAAGUUAUGUGCACUUGCUUGGCUUUGAUGGUGACAUACAACUCUUUAAUAUCAUUAGCAAGGCUUGAAAGUGUUUAUAUUCUAUUCCAUGAGGACAAAUUACUGGUGUACCCUCUCAAAAGUCUCAAACAUGAAUUGUCAUAAAGUUUUGUUAAUGUUGUUCCAAUUUCUGGAAGUCAGUAUGUUUAUUGUGCUUUUGCAUCCAAGGCGGCAGUGAUGAGGGUGACGAGGGGGAUGAAGAUGCAGAGGGAGGAUUUCAGGGUGGAGGUUCAGGUGCACCAACUUCGACAAACCAGCCUGGGAAGUCGGGACAAAAGCCAAUCCGUAUCAGCCGCAAGAAGAACAGAGCCUUGGCCAAUAAGCCUCAGGACUUCCAGGUAUUGUGUGUUUUUUUGAGUACUUUGUUCCUGGAUAAACUCAAAUGCCAUUUUAGGAGGAAAUCUUUACACUUUAUCAAAUGAGUGACACCUUGGCUGUACUUUAUACUGGAGAUUUGUGAACAUACCUUUCAGCCUUGCUUCAGAACAAUGUCACACAAAUGAUUUUCUGUAGGGUCGUACUUUUAGUUUCAUUAAAUCCAGAGAUUUAUAUGUUAAUGCUUGUUUUUCUUUUGUGAAAGCUGGUGUUUAAUUAAUGGUCCUUUCAAAUACAGAUCAAGAUAAGUUUUCUGACUGUUAGUUCAGCUGCCUCACUGUUUCUCCUCUUGUCUAGAUCCGUGUCAGGGUCAUUGAGGCCCGUCAGUUGCCUGGUAACAACAUCAAGCCUGUGGUUAAGGCACAUGUAUGUGAACAGACCCACAGGACAAGGAUAAGGAGAGGAAAUAACCCGUUCUUUGAUGAGGUAAGGAGUGCCAACACAAAAAGUGCUAAAAUCAAAAAUCAUAAGUGAUCGCUGACUUUUGAUUUUCCUUGUUGCUGGUCUGUUAUGAAUUUGCCCACCAAUCCUUUCUUGCUUUGGGGUAUUUCUUUCUUUACCUGCAGCAUUAAUAUGCCGGUUGAUCUUGAAGCCAGUAUAAUCAGCUUUCUCUUGUAUCUAAUUCCUCUCAUGUGCAUUUCCCCCUUGCUUCAGUUUCUGUCAAAAGCAUACACAUCUCAGCUUCUUAACUUGUAAGUCCUGCAAUAUUUGUCAAAAUCAGUGAGUGUGUCUGACAUGAGGAUGUAUUGUUUGUGUACAAUGACAUAAGAAAUGCUCAUUUAUACAUGACUUUUGUUUCUCUGUACCUCAGAUGUUUUUCUACAACGUAAACAUGCUCCCCUCAGAGCUGUUUGACGAGAGCAUUAGUCUUCGGGUGAGUAGACACUGACACUGUUUGAUGCAAUUUCUUACAGCAGGAAAACGAGCCUCAUUCAUUAUGCGAAUUCAAUUAACAAUAUUAUUUUGUUUCCUAAAGCUGCUCUUCUUUUUUCGGACAGGUUUAUGACUCCUUCUCCCUCAGAGCUGACAGUAUGAUUGGAGAGUUUAAGGUAUGCAGACAUGAUCUCUGGGGUCAUUUUUUCUGCUUUAUUUCUCAUUCUCUUGUCAGGACUCUGUGAGGAAGAAUUACUGCUUUUAUAGCUAACAGGAUGACCAGUCUUAUUAUUUUUCAUGAUUUGAUCUUUGUUCUUGCUUAUCUAGCUUGAUGUCGGCUACAUUUAUGACGAACCAGGUCAGUAUUUUGAUACCAAAUGUAAGCUUUAUCACAGUGUUUUAGUAUAUUAAGAAAAGGUAUCUAAAAUGUUGAAUGUUGUCUCGUGUGUAGGUCAUGCCAUAAUGAGAAAAUGGCUCCUGCUGAGCGACACUGACGACUCUAAUUCAGGAGCCCGAGGUUACCUGAAAGUCAGCAUCAUUAUCGUGGGGACUGGAGAUGACCCACCGGUGUGUUGAUCCAUCUAUUCAUCAAAUUCUUUCAACUUGAAAAGUUUUGUUACACAUCAGUUUAGAGAAGACUCUCCUUUCUUUUCCUCUCUCCUUUCCUUCUGUCAUCUCUCCUUUCCUCGCUCCAGACUGAGCGGAGAGAGAUGAGUGGCGAGCAGGAUGACAUUGAGAGCAAUCUGUUGGUGCCAGCUGGGAUCACGAUGCGUUGGGCGACACUCAGUCUCAAAGUGUACCGUGCUGAGGAUAUGCCGCAGAGUCAGUCCAGUGUGGAUGUGAACUACCAUAACUAUUAAAGUUUAAACACUUGAAGCUCCUUUAAAAGCGUUCUUCUACUUCUCCUUGCAGUGGAUGACGCCUUUAUUCAGACGGUGAAACAGGUCUUUGGAGGAGAGGGGGACAGGAAAAACUUGGUGGAUCCAUAUCUGGAAGUCAGCUUUGCAGGCAAAAAGGUAGUGCAUAUUUGAUAUAGAGAAAAUCUGUUUUCUUAAUGCUCCUGCUGUGUGAAUCUUAUUUUAUUGAAUUAUUUUCUUUGUUCAGCUGUGCACAAAAAUAAUUGAGAAAAAUGCAAACCCAGAGUGGAAUCAGCUCAUCAGUCUCCAAGUUAAGGUAUGAAAGCUGUAUAUUCUUGUAAUAUUGAUCUCACAUAUUUGUUUUAGCAGACAUUUACUCAUCCUCCUAUCUCUAUGUAGUUCCCAUCCAUGUGUGAGCGAAUCAAGUUAACUCUUUUUGACUGGUAAGAGAGAAAUUUUACUCCCAAACAGCCACACAGGUGCUGAUGAUAUCACGUUUUAUAUCUGAAAUACUGUUUUAAUCUCGGCAGGGAUCGUCUCACCAAAGAUGACGCCAUUGGGACGACAUUUUUAAAUCUGAGCACCAUGUCUUCCUCUGGUGGAGAGAUUGAAGGUAAACAUAUUUGUAUUUUUGUGUUGAAUUAAUUUUGUGUUUGUUCGGGGUUUUGAUAACCUUGGCUUUUUGUCUUUAUUUGGAACAGAUGCACGAGCUGAAACCAACUCAGGAACUGAAUGUAUGUACGAAGUAACUUGGUUGUGACCAGAUUGUGACCUUUUACAGUCUCAUUUUUAAGACCUGUAAAUGUUUUCGCCUUAUAAGCCAGUAAGCUUGCAUACUUCACAGACUUUGUUUGUGUUACAGUGAGCACAGCAGCCUCUGAGAUUGGAUUUCUCCCAGCUUUUGGUCCUUGUUAUGUCAACCUGUACGGGAGCCCAAGAGAGUUUACUGGCCUGCCUGACCCAUAUGAGGACCUCAACUUUGGGAAGGUAAUGCUGUCUUAUUAAAAGAGGGUAUAGUAGGUAAAAGUAUUUGAUAUUUAACCUUUUAUUUACAGUAUCUACAUUAGUAUUCUGCAUUUUGUUCUGUUGCAGGGUGAGGGGGUGGCCUACAGGGGGAGGGUCCUUGUGGAGCUGUCCACUCAGCUGGAUGGAAAAGUAGAUAAGAACCUGGAUGACAUCUCCAGUGAUGACAUCCUGGUGGCACAGGUACAAAUUUGUAUUUGAUUGAAACUAUAAAUCUGAUCAUUCAAGUUGUCCAUUUACCAAAAAAAAAACAACAUUUCAGUUGCUGUCAAACACGGAGAAACUUUGGAUUAAAGACAAAAGACUUAUUGCCUGCCCUGACCUUUAUCACCGCCUGAUCCUUUGUGCAGAAAUACCAGCGGAGGAGGAAGUUUUGUCUGUGCGCCGUGUUCCACAGUGCUUGCAUGCUCCAGGAGCCUGGCGAGCCGAUCCAGUUUGAGGUCAGCAUUGGUAACUAUGGGAACAAGUUGGACUCCACCUGCAAGCCUCUGUCAUCCACCACCCAGUACAGCUUUGCUGUUUUUGAUGGUAUGAAAAAAGUCUAAAAGAGUUCAAACAAAACUCUAAUUUACAAUUUGCAGUGUUGUGAUUUAUAUUUUCUUAUCUGAGACCCUGUUUUAAAGGUUAGUUAUUUACACAGCCUAAAGAAGUAGAAAUUAUGUGACUUUAUAGUAAAAUGUGUCCACAUAACACAACUUCAGGUAUAUUUUAAGGUGUAUAAGAAGUAAGUGAUAAGUAAAUGUUCUAAAUAGAGUUUAUUAUUAGACUUCACUGUCAAAGGUGAUGGUUCACCGUGUUAACCAUGCUGUUAGUCAAGAAGCCAAAGAGAGGCACAAGAGCAGCUUAUUUUCAGUGAGCAGUGGAGGCCACAUGUAAUGUGUAUGUUGACUCAUUUUUGUCUCAUUCAACAGGUAAUAACUAUUAUUACCUGCCCUGGGCUGACACUAAGCCUGUGGUGAUUCUGACGUCAUACUGGGAAGACAUCAGUCACCGUCUGGAUUCAGUCAAUAUUCUCCUCUUCAUUGCUGAGAGACUGGUGGGAAAAAAGUCUAAUUGACACUGUGUCUACCCAGAUGUUAUACAUGUUUUUACAGGUAGCAUAGCUUAGUCAUGUUUCUGUCUUUGUGUCUCUUAAAGGAGUCUCACCUCACCUCUUUGAAAACUGCCAUCAUAGCCAAGAUAGCUGAGACACGUCUGGCAGAGAUCUGGCUCAAGCUUAUCAACCACCUGAUGGAGGACUUGGAAAAGUAAGACAGGACCAGGACUUUGUAUUAAGGAGUGCUAUAAAGUUUAGUGGGGCUGUAGUGUGGUUUGUAUAUGGUCGCCCUUCUUUCAGUAACAAAGUUUUGACAGUUUCCAGCUGCCAGAUCUGGAAGGCCGGCCCAAUGUGACCGCUCUGGACCUUCAGAUGAAGAAGCUGCGUGAUGCUGCUAUGAACGGUAUCAAAGAGAUGGCAGGUCACAUGAGAGAUGAGGCCACAGACGUCAAGGCUACUGUUGGUGACAUUGAAGACUGGGUGGACAGAAUCAAGCAGCUGGCCGAGGAGGUCAGAGGACUAAAUCUGUCACAUGGAUGCAUACGGUCCCGCUUUUUUUUUAAAGGUGAAAAGGAUUUCACUAAACUUUUUUGUCUCUUUCAGCCUCAAAACAGCAUGCCAGAUGUCAUCAUCUGGAUGUUAAGAGGAGAGAAGCGGGUGGCUUACGCUCGAAUCCCAGCAAACCAGAUCCUGUACUCCAACUUCAGCGAACAGGCUCGUGGUAAAAACUGUGGACAAACUCAGACCAUCUUCAUGCAGGUAAAAAACUACAAUAACAUACUCUGUUUCUUAUGAUUUCAUAUUUUAAGAGGGAGUCUUCAUGCAUGGUUGUUUUUUCAGUACCCUAUGGACAAAAACAAAGGUGUGAAGAUUCCUGUUCAGCUGCGGAUCAACAUGUGGCUCGGCCUCUCCGCCCAUGAGAAGAAGUUCAACAGUUUCUCAGAGGGAAACUUCAGCGUGUAUGCUGAAAUGGUACAGCAGCCAUACCAAAUAAUGCACUUUUUAAAAAACAAAUACGCAUUUUUCGUGUCUUUAAGUUUCUUUUGUUUGAUAUCAAUCUCCCAAACAGUACGAGAACCAGGCCCAGGUCUUUGGAAAGUGGGGGACUACUGGCCUGGUAGGUCGCCAUAAGUUCUCAAAUGUGACCGGAAAAGUGAAACUCAAACAGGAACGCUUUCUGCCACCGCGGGGUUGGGAAUGGGACCAGGACUGGUUUGUUGACCCUGAGCGAUGGUAAUUUUAAGAAACUCACUCUAUCACGCACACACACUGUCCCCUGUGACUUAUGACUUGUACAGCUUCAAGUUUCAACAUCCUGUUAUCACUCUGCAGUUUAUCAUACUCCAGAGGCUUGUUCAGACUCCAUUGUUUUUUCUACUCAUUGGCAGUAAUUAUAAAUCAAAGCUUGUACCAGCCAGGCUUUUUACCUCCAACCUUGUAAUGAACACAAUCACAGGAAAUGAAGGAAUCUGGGCAUCAACUAGUGUUGUGCUUUUGAGGAGGCUUCCUCCUCCAUUAGUGCCUCCUUCAUCUGAAGUGCUCACAUUCUCCCACAGAGGUUCAUGUAAAUAACGUUAGCGCUCUGAAGCCUGUCUUCCUGAGCUGUUCUGCUCUGGUUAGCAUGCAUCUACAUAGCUUCUUUCUGAGUCACAGACCCUCUCAUCAACCUGCUGCUGUUUUCUUUUAGCUUGUUGACAGAAGCAGAUGCCGGCCACACAGAGUUUACUGAUGAAGUUUUCCAGAAUGAGACACGUUUCCCUGGCGGGGAGUGGAAGCCGGCAGGAGAGCCCUACACAGAUGUGGUACGGCAUGCUGUUGUUACACUCACAUUCACAAAACCAAACAUGAAGUUUGUAGGACUUUGUGUGUGAAAAAUGUAGUUGGAGUUAACUGAACAGAAGUCCUUCUACUCUUUUAUGAAUAUCAGUUUCAGUUUCUAAGCUUUCAAUGAUAUCAGUUCCUCUUGUGCUAUUUAAACUCAGAACAGGUGGUUCCUUUUGUGGUUGCAUUGACAAAGGCAGCUCAGUUUUGAGAAAUCUAGUGUAAACAGAAGUUAUAAAAAUGAACUGCAACUCAAUCUAAUAAAUCUAUUCACUUGAAUUACAAAUCCCAGAUAGAUCCACAUCACACUGUUCAGCACAAAAGUUGAACAGAGUUAUGAACUAUUUGGUCAGUGUAGGGGAUCAUUUAGCAGCCAAACCAUAUUUUUCUCUCCUGAGCUUGUUUGAUGGAAAUUUGGAGCUUUUAGGAGAGAGAGAAUAUCAGAAUUUAUUUGACCACAAGCAGCUAAAAAGUGGUUUUGUUACACAUUAAAAGCACUGCAGUUACAUUCUUAAGAUAUGCAGCCGUACAUGACAUGGAGGAAUGACAGAGUGUGUGUUUGUUCUUCAGAAUGGAGAGAAAACACUGAGUCCUGAGGACUUUGAGUGUCCGCCAGGAUGGACCUGGGAGGAUAACUGGAGCUUUGACACCAACAGGGCUGUAGAUGAGAAAGGUAGAGUGAAAUAUUUGAGUUUCAUCCUCACUGUUUCCGAGUUUUAAUCACUAUCAGUUUGUUUCCUGGUUUAUAUUUAUAUAUAUUUUUGUCUCCAGGUUGGGAGUAUGGAGUUACCAUUCCUCCUGAUGACAAGCCGAAAUCUUGGGUUGCAGCAGAGAAAAUGUACCACGUCCACCGCAGGAAGAGACUCGUGCGACCACGGAGGAAGACGUCUGAUAAAGUAGCUGCUACAGAGGUGAGUGAGGGGUAGAUGAGACAAAAAAUGCAGGGAUGAGUAUAGUUUUCAUCCAUCUUUGUCCGUGUCUUAUUGCAGAGAAGAGAACCAGGGGAAGGCUGGGAAUACUCCUCUCUGAUUGGCUGGAAGUUUCACAGAAAGGAACGCUCCUCAGACACAUUCCGGCGUCGCCGCUGGAGAAGAAAAAUGGUCCCGUCAGACUGCGUCGGAGCCUCUGCCAUCUUUAGAUUAGAAGGGGCAUUAGUAAGUCUUGGUUGUGAAAUAUUGCCAAAUAUGUGGCAGUUGUCAUGGCAACUCAGGUUAUGUUAUGCCAUCUGAGUCAUAUCCCUUCUUUAUUCUUAUGCGUGUGUCUGUUCCUGUUAGAUGUUGGCGAAAAACCCAGGAAAUUUAUUUCAGUUCUGCUUUUCGUUCUUCAUGUUUUCAUCAGUUUUGCCCGAAUAUUUGCUGAGAAGUGUUCUUUUAAGUACCACGUCCUGCUUUAUUGUUUACAGGGAGUUGAUGUUGAUGAAAAGACCAGUAAAACGGAUGCAGCCAAAGUAUUUGGUGCCAACACCCCCACAGUUUCCUGCCACUUUAGCCGUAAGUCAGAUAAAGUAAAUUCCACCUGACUGGUCCUCAUGCAAGUUCACCCUGAAUCAGGAAUUCUGUAAAAUCUGGAAUUAACUCAGGCACUUGUCUGAUCAGUGUAUCAGGUAUCCUGUGAGAUAAUGUUAUUUUUAAGCAGUUGAAACAUGCUGAGAAGUGUUGUCUCCCCUCAGGGUCCUACAUUUACCACCUGAGAGUGUACGUGUAUCAGGCGAGGAAUCUCUGUGCCAUGGACAAAGACAGCUUCUCAGGUAAAAAUGAAGAAGAUUUCUUUAUGGCUCAGAAGGAUGAACUAAAUCUCCUCGGGAUCUUCUGUUUUACCUGAACAAAAGCUACAGUAUCUCACAAAAUAAUGCCUUCAUCCUCACCAGAUCCUUACGCCCACGUGUCAUUCCUACAUGUGAGUAAGACCACAGAAGUCAUAAGGACCACUCUGAACCCCACAUGGGAUCAGACUCUCAUCUUUGAGGACAUUGAAAUCUACGGGGACCCACAGACGAUCGCGCACAACCCUCCUGAUGUGGUGUUGGAGCUGUACGACAGCGAUCAAGUCGUAUGUUAUCCAUUUAGUCUGCUUUACUUCUCAACAAAUCAAUUGUCUCUCAUUAAUGUGACAGGAGACCAUUAUAAAGACACUGGCAGGCUUCUCUAAGUGUUUGUUUGCUGCUUUAUUUAAUUUACAAGGGUAAAGAUGAGCCCAUGGGUUGCUGUACAUGCCCACCGGUAGUGAAACUGAACCCCAGUGUGGCUGUCAACCCCAAGCUGCUGUGGUUCCCAGUCACCAAAAAAGGUCGCAAUGCUGGAGAGGUGCUAAUGGCAGCAGAGCUUAUACUGAAGGAGAAGGUACAAAAAAGAUUUAAGAAACUAAACAUGCCAAGUUUCAAGCUUAUCAAACUGUCCUCAGGAGACGAUGUUGUGUUGUUCCUUUCAGGUGAAUGAUGGAGACAUGCCUCUGGUGCCUCCUCGGCGGGGAGAGAAGCUCUACAUGGUUCCUCAGGGAAUCAGGCCGGUGGUGCAGCUCACUGCAAUAGAGGUACACCAUCCAACCACUCUGCUCCCUUGCCAGCUGCUGUAAAUUCCCAUCACAUAUGUUACAUGAUCAGACAAGACUAGACCAACCUUCAAACUUCAGUUUUGGUUUGAUUUCUCAUCUGUUCCUCUCUUCCUUUCCUCCAUUAGCAGUCUCUCAAUCUCCUGUUUGUUUGUUUUUUGCCCAAAUGUACUUCACUGCUCUCAGGUCUUGACGUGGGGCUUGAGAAACAUGAAGACCUACCAGUUGGCCACAGUUUCAUCUCCCAGUUUAGUGGUGGAGUGUGGUGGUGAGAUUGUCCAAACUGCUGUCAUCAAGAACUUCAGAAAGAACCCAAACUUCCCUGGAUCUGUGCUCAUACUCAAAGUGGUACUAACCCUCGAACUUAACAUGGGAAAUACUUAAACACCAAUAAAUGUCACAUGAAUCUUAUUUCCUAAUGUGCCAUAAUCUUUUCUGUCCCUGGUCUAGCUUCUCCCCAAAGAGGAGAUGUACACUCCACCUAUUGUGCUGAAGGUCAUCGACCAUCGACCAUUUGGCAGGAAGCCUGUCGUGGGUCAGUGCACCAUCGACUGCUUGGAGGAGUUUCGCUGUGACCCCUAUCGCAUUAACAACGAAGUCUGCAUGUCUGCAAGAGGUAUGAAAACUAAUGUACGGUAAAUUCAUAUGAACUCUAACGUAUAAAAGGCACUUGGUGAAUUCUGUUUUGUGCUGAUGCUGCAGUGGCGAUGAUAGCAGCCUCCCACAGAGAUGUUGUCAUUGACAUUGAGGAGAGACCCAUAGUGAAAACAACUGAGGUAAAAACAACACUUUUGUAAAAUAAGUGGAAGAAAGUAUUCUCACAUAAGCUUUUUUACUGAUUAAUAUUUUUUGUUUGUUUUCCAAUCUUCAGCUUCAAGCAGAGAAGGUAAGAUUUUCUCUUUUCAUACAGUCUACUCAUAAAUAUUCUCCCUGAAAAGACUGAGUUCACUGUAAAUUUUUAUUCUGUAGGAGGAGGAAGCAGUGGACUGGUGGAGUAAGUUCCACGCCUCUAUUGGAAACCAGGAAAAGUGUGGGCCUUACCUGAAAAAAGGAUAUGACAAGCUACAGGUGGGAGGAAGCUAACACAGAUUGUAAAAACACACAAAAAAUACAUUUGAUCUGUGUAUUUGUUUGUGUUUGGUCUUAAAAUCUGUAGGGUUGUGACCAGACUGUGACUUCUUGCUGAGUUUUCUUUGCUGUGAUCCUGAUUAGUAAGACAUGAGGAUGAUUCAGUGGGUGGAUCUUAUGAUGAAAAACAUCAUAAAUGUGGGUGCUCUGAGAAACCCUACAGACAGGAUGUGAAGUGUAGCAGGGUUGAAAAUGAGUUAAAAACACACUUAUAGAAGGAUUUGUGAUGUAAAUAUGGUUUGUGGUAUUCUAUUUGGUUGUGUUUUGUGUUUUUUCAGGUGUAUAACUCUGACUUGGAGGAAGUUGCACAGUUCCAGGGACUUACCGAUUUCUGCAACACCUUUAAACUUCAGCGAGGAAAGACCGAAGAUGAGGAAGAGGAUCCAUCAGUGGUGGGAGAGUUCAAGGUAAAGAAACUACAGUUGGAGAAAGUAUCACACACCCCUCCCCCCAUGACACCACACGUUUGGAGAGAUAUACAACCAAUGUUAUUGCUUUUCUUCAGCAUCUUUUUCUAGCCCUAGUCUGCCCUCUAGUGGAUAAUUUGUAAAUUGCAAAUAAAGUGAGUGGCUUUAUUUGAACCUAACAGUUUCCAAAUUUUUUGAUUUGUUUGAUUGUUUGGCUUCUUUACUGGAAGUGAAUAUCAUGUGGGUAGAUAUUACAGAUAAAGACAUAAUUUUCCUGAAGUGUCCCAGUUUAAAUAAAUCUGUUAUUACCUAUAAGAUGUGUUUGUGGAUACUGCAUUGACAGGAUGAUAUAUAGCAAGUUGUGCUUUCUUGUUUUGUUAUAUUUAGGGCUCAUUCAAGAUUUACCCGCUGCCUGAUGACCCAGGGGUUCCACCUCCACCCCGUCAAUUCAAAGAGCUUCCUGAAAGUGCACCUCAGGAAUGCCUGGUCAGGAUUUAUGUGGUGCGCUGCAUUGACCUCCAGCCCAAGGACACCAAUGGCAUGGUGGGUUUUAUAUUAAACUUCAGCUGAACAACAAGCCAGCUACAGCGAUAAAGAUUUGAGUUACAAUCAUGUGCUGGAGUUAUAUUCUUGGAAACAAUCAUCAAAGCUCCUGCAGCUGCAGUAAUUUUCUUUGUGUUCUCAUUUCAGUGUGACCCUUAUGUUAAGAUUGCACUGGGGAGAAAAACACUGGAUGACAGAGAUAACUACAAACCAAACACUCUGAAUCCAGAGUUUGGGAGGUAAGACCAGCUCUCUUAUCCAGUUUCUGUACAAACACAAGGAAGCAACUAAUAUAUGAUUUUUUUUCCAGGAUGUUUGAGCUGUCCUGUUUCCUGCCUCAAGACAAGGAUUUGAAGAUUGCCGUCUAUGACUUUGACCUUCUGAGCAGAGAUGAGAAAGUCGGUGAGACAGUCAUCGAUUUAGAAAACAGGCUUCUGUCCCGUUUCCGGCCCUGCUGUGGCCUGCCUGAGACUUACUGUGUGUAAGUAUGAUCAAUAAUUAAGUUUAUCCAUAACAAAAGCCACUUCUUCGGCACAGUUCAUGCAUCCUAGAAAGUGAAACACAAAGAAUGUGUGUAAUGCUGUCAUGUUCUCACAGCUCAGGGAUUAAUCAGUGGAGAGAUCAGCUGAAACCUUCUCAGAUCCUCCAGAAUGUGGCGAGGGUGAGAGGUGUUCCUCCUCCACGCAUAGAGGCAGACGGAACCUCAUUGACCCUCUCAGGAAAGCAAUACAACCUGCAAGAUUUUGGUACUCACACUCUGAAACAUCCUAUUAGCAUAUGUUAAAAGAAUGAUAUGUAUUUGACGAAUCGAUUCAUGUGUUACAACUGCAUUUUCUUAUAUUUGCUUUAUUUAUCUUGAUGCAGCUUCUGAGGUAUUGUGUUCUUUCAACAUUCCCUUUUUUUUCCCUCUGCCCGGCCCUUUGUAGAGGCAAACACUGUAAUCCACCCCCACUUGGGCCCAGCAAGGGAGAGGCUGGCCCUGCAUGUCCUCAGAAACCAGGGCCUGGUUCCAGAGCAUGUUGAGACCAGAACCCUGUGCAGCUCUCACCAACCCAACCUGUCCCAGGUUUAGACAGCAGUGUUUGUACUGUAUUAUUUUCUGUCGUUGUUGUAUGAGAGCUUUAUUUAAAGUCCAGUCAUUCGUUUCUGUGAUCAAAGGGAAAAAUCCAGAUGUGGGUGGACAUUUUCCCAAAGAGCAUGGGUUUGCCAGGGCCUCCAUGUGACAUUACUCCACGCAAGGCCAAGAAGUAAGAGAUGAAAUAACCAAAGAGAAUUAAACAUUUAUUUUCUCAUUUACAUGUAAAGAUAAGAUAUAUUGUAUUGUAUCUAAACAGGUACUUCUUGAGGGCCAUUGUUUGGAACACAACUGACGUCAUUCUGGAUGAAACAAGCAUCACAGGAGAAAACAUGAGUGACAUCUACGUGAAGGGGUACAGUACUUCUUCUGUCACUUUCUUUUGCUCUCCACACUGUGGUUUAACUGAAUGUGCACAUGUUUAACUAAAUUAAUGAAAAAAUCUAACCUGAAUUUAUCACUAACAAAUUUCUCAGAUGGAUGCCCGGUAUGGAGGAGGACAAACAGAAGACUGAUGUUCACUACAGAUCUCUGGAUGGUGACGGAAAUUUCAACUGGAGGUUCAUCUUCGGCUUUGAGUACCUUCCUGCAGAACAGCUGUGUGUCGUCUCCAGGAAAGUGAGUGAACUCGUAGAGCACUAUGAAGUGGCCAUUUACUUACUUCUUUUUGUUUGGAUGUCACGAUGUUGAAUGAUUCUGUAAAUAAAAUCUGCAUCUUUAUACAGGAACACUUCUGGAAUCUUGACAAGACUGAAUUCAGGAUUCCCCCAAAACUGAUCAUCCAGAUAUGGGACAAUGACAAAUUCUCCUUGGAUGACUACUUAGGUGAAGCAGCUUGUACCUCACCUCAUUUCAUACAAUUACCAUGUCAAAAGGAAGCCCUAAAAGAUGGGGUGCUACUGAAGUAUUACAGUGCAAGACACCUGCUCAUUUCUUUGGUGAAUUUCUUUGUCACAGGUUCAGUUGAGCUGGAUUUACUCAAUUUGAUCCCUCCUGCUAAGAACCCAGAAAAGUGCAAUCUGAAGAUGUUGCCAGGAAUGGGGAGCAUACCUUCCUCCAAAAAACCACAGCCCAACUCCCUCUUCUCCCAGAAGUCAGUCAGGGGCUGGUGGCCAUGUGCGAUUGAGCAGAAUGGGAAGAAAGUGCUUGGUGUAGGUUUUUAUUCACAGCACAUACAUUAGUUUUAUUCUACUUUUUUCCUGGUCAUUUUAUGAAGCUGUGUUUCAAAAUGUUACAGGGGAAGGUAGAGAUGACACUGGAAAUUGUGGAGGAGAGGGAGAUGCAGGAGAGACCUUCUGGGAAAGGCAGAGAUGAGCCAAACAUGUAUCCCAAACUGGACCUACCAAAGUAAGAAAUCAGAAUCAUCACAAAAUAGAAAUGUCUUAGAAUAGAUUUUUAUUGAUUUACAUUGCUUUAUUUAACAUGGAUAUUGGUGUCUUUCUCAAACAGCCGCCCUGACACUUCAUUCUUCUGGUUUACAAACCCCUGCAAGACCAUGAAGUUCAUAGUCUGGCGCAGAUUUAAAUGGAUUUUCAUUCUGGGGAUCAUCCUCCUGCUGGUUAUCCUGUUCCUUGGGAUCCUAUUCUACUCUCUACCAGUGAGAUAAUAUAGUUUACAUUUAAUAUAAACAUUUCAGAACAAUCAUAUUAAUAUUUUCCAUUCACUGUUUUUGAUCUGACUGAGUUUAAAUGUCUGUCCACAGUUUUUUUAUGCUUAUUCAGAGUUAACAAAAUUAUAAUUCCAAACAUAUUUUUAUUUGGUAGUAUCAUUCCAAAAGUAGCAUUGUCUAGAGAAAUACAUGGUGUGUUUUCUUUUUUUUGUUUAAUCCAUUUGUGAAUGUUAACCCAGAAUGUUUGUGUUAUGUCACAUGUGAAAAAUAAUGUCUGUCCAUUGUUUACAGAACUACAUCUCCAUGAAGAUUGUGAAGCCCUUCUCCUGA